UCAAGGCUGUUCCCUCCUUUCUCGACUGUCAGAUUCAGGGUAUCUGGUCUUCUGAUGAGGUCUUUGAUGCAUUUGGAUCGGCGUUUGUCCAAGUUCCCAGCCUAUUCAGAACGUUGGGUCUGUCUAUAACCACGUGUCUGCUGUUGCACUAGCCGACCCAUCUUGUCUGACAUUUCUAUCGUGAAGCAUGCGGGAUCCACAGCUGAGUAGGACUUUGGGGCUUAAUUCUCCCGAACAUUCUUAGCUGCAACUUCUGGCACUUCAGGGAGGGGAGACUUUGGACCCAGGCCUAGCUUUAUUUCUCCAAGUCAGCAGCCAAAAUGUAAAGCCUCUUCAGCAAUAGGAUGUUACCUUUCAUGUCUGGAAUGGAGCCCAUUGUGGCGAUAGCCUUUGUGUUUUAGGGCUCCUAGGGCCUCUGUGGCCAACAACUCCUAGAGAGGUUACCUGUUCUUAACACCAGCAUUCCCAAUUGACCACCUUACAGCUUCUGGGUGUGUAUUCUUUAGCAUUUACAGGCAUGGAGCUUUGCAAACUUACCCCUAUCACUGUGCCUUACCCAACCAUAAAGCUCCCGAGAAUUCCACAGUAGCACCUGGUCUUUACUCCCAUUGUGAACUAAUGUCCCAUGCUGGCUUCUUCAGGUACACUCACAUGCCUCUUAAAUGAGUCUACAAAUCUGCAAAACACUCAAGGUUAGCCCUGUGCUGUCUUUAUGCAAUAAAACCUUUCUACACAGGAUGGGCAGACCAGUGAUCUGAUCCCGACCCACCAUCCCAUAAUGAGUAGUGAGACUGUGGAGACAACCCUGGUGAAGCACGUGAAAGUUGGUUGUCAUCUGCUUUAAGCCGUGUCAGGCGAUCACAGACGUUCACUAAGGAGACACUAAAUCAAAGCAAAGUCUAACAGCUGGGCAGACUUUAUCCACUGGCAUCAGCUCUGCCCUCCACAGAGCCAUGUUGGGUGCCAUAGCAUGGACAGGAGGCACUGGCUUAGCCUCCACAACCCUCAGGCACGCUCUCUGAACCACUGCACUUCCACACCUUGGAGUGCUCCCCGCAUUUCCCUACCUUUGAUGAAUUUGGUAAGGGUGGCUCAGUCCUGCCCAGGGUCAAGGUGCCCCUUGACUUUCUGACGCCCCAUACUUUCUGCUCUGGUUGGUUCCCUGUGUCAGGGAGUCUCUGGUUUGGCACUGUGGCUGGAGCUGCAACUGUGGCCUCCAUGGCCUCCAUCUACCACUCCUGGCUGCUGGGGGAGGCACUAGCUUGGCAAACUGUCUAUACCUCUAGCACCAUUUUUUUUUUGAGACAGGUGCUCUGGUGGACAUUUUUCUUUCGGGGUGUUCCGGGAGGAAAGACUAUCUCUUCUCACAAGUCUCAGAUCACAAUCCAUCACCGAGGGACAUCACACAUGUCUAAAAAGAUAGAAUAUGCCUGGGUGGAGAAGCACUUUGGCCCUGACUUUCUAGAACAAAUUGUGUUGACCAGAGACAAGACCGUGGUCUCUGCCGACCUUCUCAUAGAUGACCGGCCAGACAUCACAGGGGCCGAGUCACACCCCAGCUGGGAGCACAUCCUCUUCACCUCCUGCCACAACUACCACCUGCAGCUGCAGCCCCCUCGCCGCAGGCUGCACUCGUGGGCAGAUGACUGGAAGGCCAUCUUGGACAGCAAACGGCCACGCUGAGGGCUGUGCUGCACCUGUCUGGUGGUCCAGUGUGGGGCUCACAGCUCAUGACUGGACAGCAAACACCCCGCUGAGGGCUGUGCUGCAGUUUCUGGUACUUCCCAGAGGACCCAGUGAACACUUCGGUCAAAACAACUUCCGACACACGUCCCUUCUCCCCCUAGCCCAGCAAGGCCUUAACCUGGUAUUGGGACAGGGCUGGAAGAAAGGCACGCACUCCAGACAAGUUGGUCUGACCUCAGGCAGAGGCUCCCCACCACUGCCUCUCACUGCGCACAAUAGGUGUGUUCUCUGAGACGUGAGAGUACCCUGGUCCAGGACCUGCAAGGCGUGGAGUGCCAGGGAUAGAUGACAGAGGUUCCCUCGGCAGGCAUGUGUCCCUCUACCUCUACUGUAGAAUCUCGUCCAGCCUACCUACUCAGUCUCUGUGGCUUGCCAAGGCCACCAGGCUCUUUUGGAGGCCAACAGUGACCCUGCCUAUGGCCAGUGCCAUGGUCUCUUGCUCUGGUGUCCCUAGAUCCCAUUCAUGGCCCAGAAAGGAGUCAGCAGGCUCGAAUAUUUGUUGACGACAUGAGAAAUAAAUGCUGUUCACAUUUA